GAACUCUAGGUCAACACUGACUUUAUUUCCCCUGCAGAGUCGAGUUCUAUCCAUGCGGGCGUGGCUCUGUAGAGAUGGAUGAUAAGCAGGAUGGGGUUCAGGUCGGAGAGAACAAAUACAUUAGCAAGAGCAGUGUCCUCUCCUACCUGAAGACCUAUAACCUUUAUUAUGAAGGACAGAAUCUACAGCUUCGACACAGAGAGGAAGAGGGUGAGUUGAUCGUGGAGGGGCUGCUCAAUAUCUUUUGGGGUCUACGUCGACCAAUCAGGCUCCAGAUGCAGGAUGACCACGAGCGAAUCAGACCGCCCCCAUCCUCCACUUCCUGGCAUUCUGGCUGUAACCUUGACACACAGAGUAUGGAGGGGGCUAAACAGCCCCCACCCACUGUUGAGGUGACAGCACCUGAGGACCAAUCAAACCACAGCACUGUGACGGAAGAAGAGGAAGAUGAUGCCUCUGCUCAGCUCCUGAGGACCAAAAGUGACGCAGGCGUCCUGCGACGUGGCACGCGACGGUCUCCUAGCGACCAACGGCGAAUCAGGAGACACCGAUUCUCCAUUAACGGCCACUUCUACAACCACAAGACAGCAGUGUUCACGCCAGCGUACGGUUCGGUGACUAAUGUGAGAAUAAACAGCAGUAUGACUACGCCUCAGGUUCUGCGUGUUCUGCUGAAUAAGUUUAAGAUUGAGAACAGCCCUGACGAUUUCGCCCUCUACCUCGUCCAUGCCAGCGGAGAACGAGUGAAGCUGAAACGCAGUGAUCAUCCUUUAGUGUUGAGAGUAUUACAGGGUCCAUGUGAGCAAGUGUGCAAAGUUUUUCUCAUGGAGCAGGACCUGGGAGAAGAGGUCACUUACGAUGUGGCACAGUACAUUAAAUUUGAGAUGCCUGUACUGCAGAGUUUCAUCACCAAACUCAAGGAAGAAGAGGACAGGGAAGUGCAGAAACUAAGGCAAAGAUAUACGUCUCUUCGCUGUAUCAUUGAGAAGCAGUUGCAGUGUUUGCCGGACGGUUCUACCUGUAUGUGACCUGUGUGGAGUGCCCCACC